AUGGCUUUCCGCCCAAGGAGGGCCACGCUUCAGCAAUCUGGUUCCGCCAAUGCUACUGAUGAGUUCAAAGGGAAGCCGUUCCUGAGGAAGAUGAGACGUGUGUUUGAGCGAUGCCUCAACAAGCCUUUCACAGAGGAGUCCUUGUUGCCUCAGCACCAGCAGGAUCCCACCAUGACUGGGGGCACUGCGGCCAACGUACCAGUUGAUGGCUGGAGAGUGCCGCGGACAUUAACAACAUUGUCCUGGGCUGACGGAAGCCUUGGAAGGGGCUAUAUCACCUACCGUGAAUCAGAUGGAGUGUCUGAAAAGGCACGACACCGCCUCAACCAGGAGUUGGAACCAUGGCUCUUCAUUGCUGAGCCACAACAACGCUCUCACAUUUGGUCGGCUGAGUCAUUCAUGCACUACUUGGAUUUCUUAGCGCAAGAAGUCCGUGAAAGGAGAAAGGCCCUACACCUCAAGCAUACAGAUGCAGCUCUGAUUAUCUGCGACAACGUUAUCCUUACCGGAGACACCAGGGAUUGCAGCGUGCCUGGAGGAUUCGGUGCCAACGGGGCACCCAAUGAUGGGUUCCAUCAGAAGGGAAAGUUGGUGUGGAAUGCCUGGAUGAAUCGCGGAUUGGUGAGCGCGGAGAACUUGGCGCUCUGGCGAUUUGAAGGCAGCAUGGAGGCUUUGGAAGAGGCACGUCAGAGGCAGCCAGGAGCCAUGAAAGCCAUCCUAGACUUGGCAGAGAAGCCUUCUAUACAAACGCACACUACUGAAGAUGUGCAUCAAAUGCGGGAGGCAAGGUCAAGUCCCAUGCCCGGAGAACAGAAUGUGCUGUGGGCAAUCCAAGCAGAGGGCGUGGAGUCAAGGCAACUUCUUCCUUCUUGGAUGGCUUCACCGAUCUCGAAGGAGAUUUACAAGUGGGGGGACGAGAGGCAGAAGUGGAACAAAACAUUGGAAGAUCGCUGUGGAAAGCCUUUGACUGCUCUCCAGAGCAAAAACUAUGAAGAGUGGAAGGAAAGGCGCUCACAGCUGACCUUUCUUUUCAACAAGAAAACCCACCAGCUUGUGAAGCACAUCAGGGCCAAUGCAAAUUGGCAAAAGAUUCAGGAAGAGAUGCUUUCCAUCCGGAUCCACCUCGCUGAUGACUUGGAAAGCAUGAGGAUCCAGGCUGGGUCUGGACCAUUGUACUUGCUCCUCAUGCUGCGCGGUGAUGUAGUGGACACUGAUGCAUUGCCUGGUUGCUUGGACCUGGGUGUUGCUUCAGGAGCAUUGGAAGCCUUGGAGGGCGAGAAUCAGGGUCCAGAAAGUGAGGAUCUCGAGGAGGAGUGUGCUGAGGAUGAGGCUUUCCUUCAACAACAGGAGGCAAUGCAAAUUGAAGAGCAGAAGGUUGCCGAUGUGGAGGCCAUGGCAGACACAUCGGAUGAAGAGACUGUACAGGAGGUGAUCUAUGCGGUGGCGCACGUGAGGGGUGGCGGCGAACUCGGCCGUGACUGGCCGGGGGACCGAGGAGCGUUGGGCAGGCGCGAGGAAGGCCGCUACCUGAAAGUGAAGAACCGCUUCCAGGAUUUCAUCGCAGUGGUCUGGGGGGCCCAGAGGUUCUCCCACGAGUCGAGUCUAGGGAGAGGUGGGGAGGAGGUGCGCGAAAGGAGAGAGUGA